GACGGGAUGUCCAAGAUGGCAACGGUGGACCCGUCCACAACAACAAGUUCUCAUCACCACGAGACCGGGUCCUCUCACACAGGCACAGAACCCUGCUGCGGCGCCGUGCAGUGUAAGGAUGGCAAAGUGGAGCCCGUGGACAUCUUUUAUGCCGCCAAACUUGGUAUGCUCAUCCCUUGUCAAGAGUUUAUUGAACACCUCGGCACAGCAGUGUUACACACCUGUGAUGAGAAGGGCCACACCCCCCUCCACUGGGCGGCUCUGGGGGGGCACACCGCCGUCGUACGCUACUUUAUCGACUGUAAGGCCCCCCUGGACAAACCCAGCGAGAACAAGCUGGGACCUCGCCCCAUCCACUGGGCAUGUGUGCGCGGCCAUGUGGGGAUUGUGGACCUGUUGUUACAGCAUGGUGUGCCCAUAGACACCCCGGACAGUAAGGGCUGUACACCACUCAUUAUCGCUUGUCAGUAUGGACAGACGGUAGUAGCCGCAUACUUAAUGAGCAAGGGUGCACGGUUACAGAUGCUGGACCAUGAAGGAGACAACGCUCUUCACUGGGCUUGUUUUAAAGGCCAGGCUGAACUUGUCCGACUGCUGAUCUUCUCAGGAUUCAACCCCAGACAGAGAGACAACUAUGGACAGACUCCGCUCCACCUCGCAUGUAUCAACGGAAACCUCAAUAUUGUCAAAGAACUGGUGGAGGAGGAUGAUGUAGAGAUAGAUCUGGAGGACAAGAAUGGUAAGACUCCACUGAUGCUGGCAGUGGGCAGGAAGCACCACAGCAUAGAGUCUUACCUGACGACCAGGCUGGAGAGAAAGAGGACCAUACUUGGGGCCAUGCCAAAAUUUGACUGGCAGACACUGCUGUUUGGUCCUCCAGGCAACAGUAAGGGAGCUUUACUCUUCUUCAUCUGUAGUGUACUGUUCUGGGGAUAUCCCAUGUACAUAUUCAAGGUCAUCCCCUACACACUACAAGACAUGCAGGCUCUACAUCUGCUGUUUUUCUUGGACAACUGUCUGAUGUGGUAUUUCCUGUACCAGGCUUCCACGACUGAGCCUGGCUACCUUCCCAGGGAUACACAAGAGUACCACAACUCCAUCAGACAGGCUGCCCAUUUUGACGGGUGGCAGGCAGGAGCCAACCCUCUCAGUCGUCUGUGCCACACGUGUCGCCUGGUCAAGCCUCUCCGCAGUAAACACUGCCGCGUCUGUAACCGCUGUGUGGACUGCUUCGACCACCACUGCCCCUACAUCUACAACUGUGUGGGCUUCAGGAAUAGAGGGCCUUUCCUGUGCUUCGUCACAUCCACACUGACAGCCAUGUGGAUCGCCCUCUACCUUGUCUGGACGGUACUGCAUGUAAAGGGUUGGGACAUCCUUGUGCUGGUUGGAUUUCUGGAGAUGGUGUUUUUCAGCCUUAUUGCCUUAGCUGUCUCUUGUAUGGCUUGGUACAUGGUUGCCAUGAAUGUCACCACCAAUGAGAGACUGAACAUGAAGCGAUACGAGUACCUGAAGGACGGCAACGGGCGCUUCUACAACCCCUUCAGGAGGAGCGUGAAGGACAACUGUAUGGAGUACUUCCACAUGAGGAAACCUCUGACGGAGGGAGAGGUGGAGAUCAUGAAUGCUCGGGUCAACAUUGUAUAGUACACCUUCAGACUGUGGUCCUGGAAUUGUACAGGAUAGAACUCUUUAUAGUUUAGGCCACACCAAUUUAAUUUGUUGUUUCUUGGCUUUUUCAGAAAAAAUCAGGAGCGACAGGGCGAAAAAAAAAAAGCACCCCAUGAUAGCCGGAAAUGUUACAAUA